AUGCUUGCCACCUGGGCUAGGGAAGGCGAGCCGCAUUACAGCUUUGAGUCGAAAGGACAGACGAUUGCGUAUGCACUUCUCUCACUCACCUAUUUGAAGAGACUCCAUCAAGCUAACGGAACUAUUAGAUACAUCUCGGAUAUAGGGGCGUCGGGACUAAAGCCGCUGUUCAUCGCUGGUAGCGCGGUCACCGUGGUGUUUCUAGAUCUGUCAUUCCUGGCGGAACGAUGGCUUCGACAUUCAGGCCAGCUGGUUCCGAACAAGGGUCUCUUCGAUAAGACUUGCGCGAUUCUUUCCAUCUUCUUUGCCAUUGCUGGCGCGUUGGGUCUGAUUCUGCUAUCGAUAUUUGAUACCAAGAACCACCAUCAUCUGCAUGAUGGCUUCCUGGUUAUGUUCAUUGGCGGAUACCUCAUCAGCGCCGUCUUGAUUUGCGCCGAGUACCUGCGGCUAGGCAUCUUCUACCGCUCGCAGCACAAGAUCCUGAUGGCAAGUUUCGUGGUCAAGGCUGCCUUUGUGAUUAUCGAGCUUGCUCUCGCUAUCGCGUUUGGGCUAUGCAUGCGCAGCAGCAACCAGGCGAGGAAGAACCCGGCCGCGGUCCUCGAAUGGGUGAUUGCCUUCGUCUUCACCGGCUACAUUCUCUCCUUCGUUCUCGACCUGCUCCCCUCCGUUCGCACCCGCAGGCAUCUACCGCAGGGUGAAAAGCGUUUGGAAAUGGCGCACGAGGGCCCCAACGCACCCCACAAUGGCAUGGCUAUUGAAGAGCCGCUGACUACGAACUCGACGGGCCCGAACCCGACCAAUGCCUACCGGGGCGCCCACUUUUAG